GUUGCGUGUUAUUGGGCAAACGGGAGAGGAAGCAGAGCCUGGGGACUUUUUGCAAAAUAGAAGAAUCCGGCACAGGAGGAAGGUGAUCCACUGGUCCAGGUAGCGUCUGUUUGGAGAGGAAGGAAGGAUGAGGGGAGAGCCAGAAUCAGUUGGUCCGGAAGCAAGAAGAGGCCCUGAUGCCACCGAGGGUGGGAGCGGAAAGGAAGCAUGGGAAGGAACCAUGCAGAAGAGCCUGGGAGAGGAUGUGCAGUGUCAGCAAUUCAGGCACUUCCGCUACCAGGAGGCCGAAGGGCCCCGAGAGGCUUGCAGCCGACUGCACCAUCUUUGCCACCAGUGGUUGAAGCCAGAAAGGCACAGCAAGAAGGAGAUCCUGGACCUGGUGGUUUUGGAGCAAUUCCUGGCCAUCCUGCCCCCGGAGAUGGAGAGCUGGAUCAGGGAAUGUGGGCCGGAGACCAGUUCCCAGGCGGUGGCCCUGGCAGAAGGGUUCCUCCUGAGCCAGGCAGAUGCCAAGACUCAGGAGCAGCAGGUGCAGGAAAAGAUUGUGCAGGAGCGUUACCGUGGAGCGGAUUUUCCUGGCGAGGCCUUGAAAGCAACAGUCUAUUCUUUGCCAUCUCCUUGCGCCAGAGAGAAAGCAGCUCCUGUACGGUCAAAUGGGCCUCUGGUGACCUUUGAGGAGGUGUCUGUGCAUUUCACUGCGGAGGAGUGGGCUCUGAUGGAUCUGGGCCAAAGAAGCCUUCACAAGGAAGUCAUGGAGGACAAUUGUCAGACUGUGGUGUCUCUGGCGUAUGCGAAGGAUUGGUGGGAGUUGAAGCUAAGAAGGCGCGGAUUUUUUCCCCUCCACGGAGUUUCGGAACUUAGCUGGCACCCCCCCCCCCCAAGACGGCGACGAAAAAGCAGAGCCCUGCGAUGAGUAAAUCGGUGAUGGCAAUGUUACAGGGG